AUGCGGCCCCAUGGAACUGCAGGGUCUACGCCCACCGAUGCAGCACCAGAGAAAGCAUUUACAGAGGCACAAAAGCAAGGGCUGAUCGUUCGUACUCGCGAGAAAGAGGCGGAGCCAGAUCGGACCAGUACACCUCCUACAACGUCCAUUGAAGCGGAUGAUGUUACCCCACCUGCGUCACCUAGGUCAGAGCCUACCGGCGAACCUACUGAUGAAGAGGCGCUUCGUGCGUUGCUCUCAGAAAAGUCUUCGACGCAACCUUCUGCCUUUUCGAGACUUAUUAUUCAGCAGCCGUCAGAGGAAGAUAUGUUUCGUCAUGAUGUGGAUACGCGGCCUGAUGAGCCUUCGCUGACGGACUACGCAACGAUGCCUGUACAAGAAUUCGGCGCGGCUAUGCUUCGUGGCAUGGGAUGGAAAGACGGCAUGGGCUGCGCCAUCUAUUCAACGCAGGGCUGCUUUACUAGGUCUCGGUGCUAA